UUGACCUUGAUUACUGAUCACAAUCUAGAUAACCAUCAAAAAAUUUAUCUUAUUAAAGUGGUACUUAAUAGUAGCUGGCUGAUAAUGCUUAAUAAAUAUUAAAAACACGCAAUUAAUAUCUACUGCAUUUUACAAAGAUAAAACUGACGAUGUUGAGGCUGCUCAUUACGUCAUGCCUACUGACCCUCACGGCAGGUCAAGAUGACAUCAAUACAAGUACUUUUCCUGAGGACUUUCUGUUCGGCACGGCAACUGCAGCCUACCAAAUCGAAGUUACUUUAGUACUAUCUUUGAUCGUCUUUGACAUUGCUUUGUUUAGAUUAGCCGAUGACGACAUCAACAACACCACAUUCCCUGAGCACUUCUUCUUCGGUACCGCCACCUCAGCCUACCAAAUCGAAGGCGCCUGGAACAGCUACGGAAAAGGCGAGAACAUCUGGGACAGAUUCACCCACCUCAACAAUUCCCCAAUACCAGACAAGGCCACCGCCGACGUAGCCUGCGACUCGUACCACCGGUACAAACAGGAUGUCCAGAUGCUGAAGGCCAUCGGUUCGCAGGUCUACAGGCUCUCCAUAUCCUGGAGCAGAAUCCUGCCCAACGGCUUCCCGGACGACAUCAAUCAAGAAGGGGUGGAUUACUACAAGCAACUCUUCGCCGAGCUGAAGGCCAACGGCAUCGUCCCCUACGUGACCAUUUUCCACUUCGACACGCCCCAACCUUUGGAGGAUUUGGGCGGCUGGACCAAUUCCAGCAUGGCGAAAUGGUUCGGGGACUACGCGAGGAUCGUCUACAGCCUCUUCGGGGACGACGUGAAGCACUGGAUGACGGUGAACGAGCCGAAGCAAACGUGCCAUUUGGGCUACGGUACCGGCGAAUUCCCGCCGGGUGUUCAAUCACCUGGAGUAAAGGAGUACGCCUGCGUGAAGAACACCGUGGUGGCGCACGCCGUGGCUUGGAGGAUCUACCACAAGGAGUUCAGGAAGAAACAAAAGGGUCAAGUAGGCAUAGUCAUCGACAGCCAAUGGUACGAACCGGCGAACUCAUCGAACCCCAGCGACCAGCGAGCCUCGCAAAUGGGACUCAAUUUCGCUUACGGUCUGUACGCCCAUCCGUUGGUGUACGGGGACUACCCGCCGAUGGUGAAGAACGUGGUGCGCAGGCGCAGCCUGAUGCAAGGCUACCGCCAAUCGAGGCUGCCUGAUUUCAGCUCCAAGGAGAAAUCGCUGAUCAAAGGAGCCUACGAUUUCCUGGGGCUGAACUACUACUCGGCCCUUAUGGUACGCAUGGAUCCCCAUCCGGAUCCAGAUGCGAAAGGGUACGAUGGGGAUUCGGAGAUUCAAACGUACUACAACGGGACGUGGGAGAGUACCGAUAAAGAGAAGGAAAAGAUAGUACCGUGGGGUAUAAGGAAGUUGUUGUAUUGGAUGAAGGAGACGCUGAAAGAUCCGAAGAUUGUCAUAACCGAGAACGGGCUUCCUGAUCUCGGAGCGGAUUUAAACGAUACGCUAAGGAUUAAAUACAUAAAAUUGCACCUGAGCAACGUCAAAGAUUCCAUCGAUAAAGACGGGGUGAACGUUAGAGGCUACAUCCAUUGGACUCUAAUGGACAAUUUCGAACUCAGAGCAGGAUACAAGUUGAAAUUUGGAUUGUUCAAAGUGGAUUUCGAUACUCUGGAUAGAACUCCGAAAGCGUCAGCGGAGUACUUCAGGAAAAUCGUGGAAACCAGGUGUUUGGUGGAUAAAUGCCAAGAUUCCACUAAUUAUUACAAAUGA